GUCGCAGCGUGGUGCACGGCAAAAUCGAGCCGACACAAAAGCAGACACGAGCACAAGUGACAGGGCCAAUUUGCCAGUUGCCUGCGUGACACCGCGAGGGGGUUCAAGCCAAGCCAGCAACCAGGUAGCCAUGGCACUCGCAGGCGCUGGGAACACGUCGCCGCUCCCGCUCGCCAGCCGCGUCGCGCUCGUCACCGGCGGCUCCCGCGGGAUCGGCCGCGAGGUGUCCUCCCAGCUCGCCGCGCUCGGCGCGCGCGUCGUGAUCAACUACGCGUCCAACUCCGCGAGGGCCGACGAGCUCGUCGCGGAGCUCGCUUCCCGCGGCCACGGCGCCGUGGCCGUCCGCGCCGACGUGUCGGACCCGGACGCCGUGCGCGUGCUCUUCGACCGCGCCGAGGAGGCGUUCGGGUCCCCGCCGCACAUCGUGGUGGCCUGCGCGGGCCUCCUCAACGCCAAGUACCCGGCGCUCGCGGACACCGCCGUCGAGGACUUCGACGCCAUGUUCGCGGUGAACGUGCGCGGGACGUUCCUCGUCUGCCGCGAGGCAGCGAGCCGCAUCCCCGCCAACAGCGGCGGCCGCAUCGUCACGUUCUCGUCGUCCAUCGUGGGCACGCUCCUGCCGGGCUACGCGGCGUACACGGCGACCAACGCCGCCGUGGAGGCCAUGACGAGGAUCCUGGCCAAGGAGGUGGCGGCCAAGGGGGUCACCGCGAACGUGGUCGCGCCGGGGCCCGUGCGUACAGAGCUAUUCUUUGCCGGGAAGGAUGAGGCCUUCGUGCGGAAGGUCGAGGAGCACUCCAUGGGGCGCAUCGCCGAGACCACGGACGUGGCGCCGGUGGUGGCGUUCCUGGCGAGCGACGCAGCGGCGUGGGUGAACGGCCAGGUCAUCAGGGUCAACGGCGGCUUCGCCUAAAAGACAGAUUGGUGUUCACUAGAGCUUCUUCAGUUGUACGAGCAUCUAUCGUGUCUGAAAGGUCGAGAUUCAGUUGUUGCAUGAGCACGAAUGUAGCGAAGUUAUUGCCAUGAUUCUUGAAUUGUAUUUUGCACCUUGUUUAUUCUUAGUAUGAUCAAGCACCACUAUAUACUAGAAAUCAAAAUCAGCAUCCUUAAUUUGUAAAUCAGAUUUGUAUGAGAUAAAUGCCAAAUCAAAACAUCUGGUUCCUGCGA